AUGAAAUGCAACAAAAAGGCAGAUAUUCAGCCUGCCUGCCAGCAGCCAGUAUCUCCUUUGGGCCUUCAGGGAAUCUUGGAGAAUAAACAUAAAAGUACCAAGCGUGUUUCUGGAGAGGGAAGUACCUGUAGAAAAGCUUGCAUCAGCGGCUUCAGUGCCAGCCGGUGGGGGAGGCAAGUAAGGCUCCGUCCAAAAAGGCACAAAAAUAACAGACAGCAGAAGCAGCCCAAUAAUUCCUUUUUCAGAUCACAGAUGAGGCAAAAAGGAAUGAAGAAGGGUGUUCUGGAGAUGUCUGUAGAUACAACAGACAAUGACUAUUCGCUCCUCAAUAGCUCCCAUUCCUGGGGUAGAGUUCGAGCAUCUUUGUCCUUCCAUAAGAAGAAGAAAGUUACCACAGAAGAGAGUUUCUGCCACAGCAUCCUUUGUACCCCUUCUGUGAAAUCCUAUCUUUCAGGGCACCAAGCAACCCUAUCUGCUGGUAAGGCUCAGUGCUGCACUUGGUCUGCUUCCUCCAUGGUCCUGCUGGCUCCCAGGAAUUCCCAUUCUAUGCUGGAGCUAACGCUUACAGAUGCAGAGAAGGUGUUUGGGGAAUGCUACCAGGAGGGGCCUAUCACUUUUGAGGAAUGCAUUCCUUUAGAUAAGAUGAAAGAUUGCAAGAAAAUUGGAGAAGGGGUGUUUGGAGAGGUCUUCCAGAUCGACAGUGAGAGAGGACCUGUGGCCUUAAAAAUAAUUCCCAUUGAGGGGACUGAAAGAGUAAAUGGUGAAGCUCAAAAGAGCUUUGGAGAGAUUCUGCCUGAAAUAAUAAUUUCGAAAGAACUCAGUCUUCUGUCUGAAGAGUCUGUGAAUAGGACUGUUGGGUUCAUCAGCUUGUACUCUGUGCACUGUGUUCAAGGGGCCUACCCUAAGUAUCUCCUGGAAGCCUGGGACAAAUACCACAAAGUAACAGGAUCAGAAAAUGAUCGGCCAGACCUUUUUGGGGACGAGCAGCUCUUCAUGGUUCUGGAGUUUGAAUUUGGAGGCAGUGACUUGGAGAAUAUGAGAAAGACGUUGAGUUCAGUGGCAUCAGCAAAAAGCAUUUUGCACCAGGUCACUGCUUCCCUGGCUGUGGCAGAACAGGAACUGUGCUUUGAGCACAGAGACUUGCACUGGGGGAAUGUGCUGGUAAAGGAAACUGAUGUAAAGGAGCUUAAUUAUGUGUUGAAUGGGGCAACGCACACAAUCCCCACAGCAGGGAUUCAUGUCAACAUCAUAGAUUACACCUUGUCUCGGCUGGAGAAGGAUGGGUUAACUGUGUUUUGUGACCUUUCCACUGAUGAAGAACUGUUUCAAGGCACAGGGGACUACCAGUUUGAUAUCUACAGGCAAAUGAAAGCAGAGAACUCCAACAGCUGGACUGACUAUCAUCCACACAGCAACGUCCUCUGGCUGCACUACUUGUCGGAUAAACUUUUGAAAGACAUGAGGUACAAGAAAAAGGAAUCAACUUCUGCCAUGAGGAAAAUAAAGCAGCAGCUCAGGAAGUUCCACAAAGAAGUACUGACCUUUGAGUCGGCCAAUGAAGUUUUACAAAACAGCAGCCUCUUCCAGUGA